AUGGGAGCAACGCGCGGCUCGGAGCGCGGUGGCGACAAGCCCAAGAAGCACAAGGACCGCGGCGUCAAGUUCAAUGAGAGGCACACGAUCAAGUAUGGUCUGUCGGUGUGCAGCCGCCACGCCAAAACGAACGUAGUGGAAUCCGUCAUGUGCAAAUUUUGUGUGGCAUUCGGGAAGGAAUCAGCUGCUGACGCGACCCGCAAGCGGCGCGCCACGGCCAACAUCAAAUACUUCCGGCAGCCGUUCCGUGCGGACCAUUAUUUGUCGCACCUGGAGAUUAACCACAGGCAGAAAUGGGCCGAGUACGAGCAAUCGUCGAACCCUGAGAAGGCAAAGUUCUUCGCGGCCCAUAUCGAAGAGGCCACGAUUAACUCGCUAGCGAUGGCGCAGCAGCAGCUCAUCAACGCUCAGACUGGCAAUGUCGGCAACGCUGGAACAGUAGUGGGUACAACCGCACCAGUCGUACAGCGCGUGGGUCCCGUGCGGCUUCCGGCCUCAGUGAUCGAGAAACGCUUGGUGGAGGAGAUUGUCGGCGAUAUGUUCUUCAAUGCAAGCGACGAGGAAGGACUCUCAAAGGACCAAGCUCUUGACGUUUUCCGCCGCAAGGACGCUGACACGUAUGAGAUUAUUAUCAAGAAUCAGCGCCUAUACGACCUUGCCAUCAAGUUCGUGGCUUGCGGGGCAUCCUACCGACUGGCAUCGCGCAUGGUACAGUGCACAAAAGAAGAAACGAAAAUGGCCUACUAUGGUGGUUGCUCGGACAACAGAGUCGCAGGUUACGUACGUGCUGUGAUUGCAAGCAAUCUGCAGAAAAUUGCGCUUAUGAUGCGCUCCUCAUGGGCGUACGCGUUAGCCACCAACGCAGCCGUUCAUCAAGGCACUUCGUAUUUGGACAUCCGCAUACGGUUGUGGCAGAAUAGAUCGCUGCAUGAUUUUCAUCUCCUGACGGUACCAGCAUUCACCCAGCAUCCCGCUCCGUCAAUUAUGAAGCAGCUAGAAAAGUUUUUCGACGUUCUAGAUGCGCAAUGGCGAAGUAAACUGAUCGGCACAACUACCAAUGGAGGUGCCAAUACGGGACGCAACACUGGGGUGACAGGUAGUCAGCAGGGACUUUCAGCGCGUCUCACAAGUGCUGUGAACAAGUCAGCUUUCUACCUUAUUUGGUGUGGUGUGCACCAGUUGGAGCUGGUAGUGAAGAACUGUGUCACCACGUUUUGUCGCAAAGCUUUUUAUGAUGAGCUGGUAUCGGUACUUGCCGCCCUGCGUCAGGACCAGCAGAACUCCCAUCAAGACGGAUCAUUGUCUCUUUUCGAGAACGAUAGCAUUCCUGAUGUUACCACUUCGUUCUCAACUACUCGCGGUUUCUCGGAGAAGUUAAUGCAGGCACUCAAGUGGCUAAUGGAGCAUCGUGUGGCUAUUAUGCAGCUCCGACAAACAAUGUCUUCAGUCUCUAUUCCGUCCGCUUCGUGGUGGGUUUGCGUAGCUGUUGCCCACCGAGUGAUGGCUGAGAUUGUAUACUUUAUGAAAAAGCUGCUGAACUUGGAGAGCGGGCCGAAUAAGGUGAGAGGGCAAGUGCAGGAGCUUUGCAAACUAGCGCUGAUUAUGGCAGAUGUGGUCGGUGCUCGACGAGACUUGUGGGAAUCGCCAGACCGUGACGAAGCGUGUGCCGCAGGGUCUUUCCAGUUGACUUUCCAGAACGCACAGCAAUUUAUUCAAAAUGAGGGCGGGCCGCUGGCUAUUGACGUGUUCGACACACUUGGUGCAGUAGAACGGCUGCACGUCUCCAAGUCUGUGGCACAUUUUGCUGUGAAUUUGAUCGCUGGCGUUGCCACAAUCGCCCAAGAAGGACGACACUACUGCACUGAAGAAGUUGGCGUGCACGUGAAUCCGCCUGUUUCAAUGCCCAUUGAGGUUUGUGAAAUGGGGCAGGAGGCCUUCCUACAGAUUCUUAGCGAACAAGAGCCGCGCUUGCGGGAGACCUUCUCCGACGAAGACAUUAAGAUGAUUCAAAGCGAAUAUGAGGAGUUCGUGCUUGCUGUGAAUCGUGAGCCUAUUCUCAAUGGUGUGCUGAAGAAACACGAUCGUGAUACGGACGUAUCCUUCGCCUGGUCCUGUGUUAAUGGCCGAUUCCGCAAGCUACAGGAGUUCGUGGGCGGGUUGACGACUGUGGUUCCUGAUACGUCUGCGGGUACGUUGGCAUCGGAUCUCACUCGGUUCAACUGGGAGAAACCGGACUACCGCCAGACGAUGAUCGACUUUGCGCUUGAAGGCAUCUUGCAUGCUAAACAGAAGAUAAAGGUGGAGCUGGUGGAUAUUCACUGCGUGCAAUCUGCCGCAACUUCCAGUGCGGAUGGGAGUGUAAUGGAUAGCGCACCUGCUACACCGGACGUGGAUCUCGCUACAGCACACUCGGCUGCUACAUCGUUGACGGUAGCGUCUCUAAAUGCGGGUCUGGCUAAUAUGCCUCUUCCUAACGCAACAAUGGCGAUGCCAUUGAAUAUGCAGAGCAGCAUGAUAACACAGGAUAUCGCCAACCUCUCUGGUGUGCCCAUGGUAAUGGCCAAGACAGGAGCUUCCAGUAGCAGCUCUGGCGCCAGCAAUAGCGGUGUUGUAUCGGAGCAUGGCUACAUGCUUUUGUAA